ACGACCAACAAACCCUUCCUGGUCACUGCAUGACAGGGCCCACAGAUCAGUGAGAUUACGCGGUAGAGGCGAAGCGGCAAACGAGCGGAAAAGGGUUUUUUGGUUGCGAGAGCGAGACGCACCCGCCGCCCGCCGUCUCCGCCACCGCCGCCGCCGCCGCCGCCGCCGCCGCUGCAGCAUCUCCUCCCUCGCACCGCCUCGCACGCAAACUCCACCCACGGAAGAGGAGAGGAGAGGAGAGGAGAGGAGAGGAAAGGGAGGGAGAGUUGGAGGAGGGGGGAAGGCGAGGAUGGGCGCCGGGGAAGGGGAUGCCGCCGCGAGCAAGGAGAAGGGCGGCGGCGGCGUGGACCGGACGUCGCUGGACGGCGUGCGGGACAAGAACGUGAUGCAGCUCAAGAAGCUCAACACGGCGCUCUUCCCGGUCCGCUACAACGACAAGUACUACCAGGACACCAUCGCCUCCAAGGAGUUCUCCAAGCUCGCUUAUUAUAGUGAUAUAUGCGUUGGGGCAAUUGCGUGUCGCCUGGAGAAGAAGGAAGGAGGAGCAGUCUGUGUUUAUAUCAUGACGCUGGGGGUACUGGCACCGUAUCGCGGUCUUGGGAUCGGUUCGAAGCUGCUGAAUCAUGUCAUAGAUCUUUGUGAGAAGCAGAGCAUCCCUGAGAUAUACUUGCAUGUUCAGACGAACAAUGAUGAUGCCAUUGCUUUCUACAAGAAGUUUGGGUUUGAAAUUACGAAGACAAUAGAAAAAUACUAUAAAAACAUCACGCCGCCGGAUUGCUAUGUUCUUACCAAAUUUAUUGUCCAGGCUGCUACAAAGAAAUGAGCAACCACCACUCUCCUUUUGUGACAAUACCACCACCACGACGGCACCACCAAGUUGUGGGGAGAUAGUUGUGAUCCUGCCGCAGUUUGUGCUGUGUUUUCACGCUAUGGGUGCUAACGUUGUUACAGACACUCAAGAACUACAGCAGCCUUGCUACAGCACUGAGAUGUCGUUCACAUUGACUGUUUUCUUUACACCCAUAUCCCAAACCCAUGAACAUGAGUGACUUUCUAAUAGUUUGCAGAUUUUACCCCCUGUUCUUGUGAAAUCAUCUCUCUCUCUUUUGUGCGUAUGCGUCACCACAAGUAAUGUCUGUAUGCUUCUUCACGAACUCGUAUUCGACUGGAAUAUUUGCACUCUUUGCUUCAUGGAAUAGCUAGACAGACUAUCUCUUACUACUGUUUGAAAAAGAAGCUUUUGGAUUAUAGUGGACAGAUUAUGUAGUAGGAUUUUUCAAUGAUUUACCAUCAACAAACGCCAAUAAUGCCAUCAGACAGAUGAUUUACAUGUUUC